AGAGCGAACUAACACAAUUACUAAUGCCACACAUACGUUCUGCAGCUCCAAUGGCAUUCAGUGCCACUCGAGUUCGGGCCUCUGCCUCCCGUCUCUUCUCACACCUGAAUUCUCACUCUUACUUGCAAUCUGGCCAUUACCGCUCCCAGGCAUCCAAUUAUGUCUCUUCUCGAUUCCCUCGCACAUCUUCAAAAUAUUCUUACCAGCAUAGAUUGCGUAAACUCCGCACCCGGAAGACCCCAGGAUCAUUUCCUUCCGCGAGUGGUACUAGUAGCACGACAUCCCCUCAUUUAUCACCUCCGUCGAAAGAGUGGAUUAUUGGAAAGAUCAAGGUAAGUCAUAGAGACUCCUGUCCACCCGAUUUACUCGGAUAAUCCGCUAUCUCGAGCAGGCCUGUUACCUCCGUACCAGAGACGAAAGACUUCGAGAAGGAAUAGCGUUUACCUGAUGGGGUCUGGCAUGAGCUGUCCGAAACUUGUGCAUUUCACGCACUGAGGUUGGUAACUCCUACUAUGCCUAACCAUACUGCAUCAGGUAAACACUAUCUCCUCCCAAGCCGUUUCGUCUCUGACGGCAGAGGUGAGAGCUUGCCGGAAUAGUGGAUUGUCCGAGAAAAUACGGUAUUGAAUGGCCUUUUUUUUUAGGCUAACCUAUCAAGUACCUCCUUUUCUCCAGGCACUCCUUUGUUGUUGGGGCCAUCCUGGCUUUGCCUCUUGGUACUUCCGCCUACACGUACUACAUGGAGAAAGCGAGGCAAAAUAAGCUCUGCAGCGCCUUUGCAAAGGGUGCUGUUCCUGAUGUCCCAAAGGACGAGGACCUAAUGGCCCGUGCCAAAGUUUCAGAACAAAUUCUAUCCCUCCUGCACAACCCGCAUACAGAUUUCCAAUACAGCAUGAUCGUGGGAAAUCACGGGACGGGGAAAACCACCUUAGUCCGCAGAAUCGCGCACCAACUUUCUGGUGUCAUUUACGUUGAUAUGCAACACGGAGAUAGCAGUGACGAGGCCUUCGGCCAGGCAUUUUCACAGGCCCUCCGUUGGUCCCCCCGCAUAGGAAGCAGCCUCCAAAUGUUGUUAACCCGGAUGCGGAUGGUUAAUGGACUAGGUGACUCUGGUAUGCUGGCCACCUGACCUGUAGUAUUGAUUGGCAGGAUUUAAUUUUCUACAGAUUCCAGGCCACUCUACAGGCAAGUUUUUGAGGAGUUUUGGAUUCAGGCUCGGGUGUUUAAAAGGAAUAACGGCCACCUUCCGGUUCUUAUCAUUGAUAAUCUGAAUCGACUUGCAUGGGAAAAUCCCAAGCUACUGGCGAUUUUGCAAGAUAUUGCAAAGGAUGGAGCAGAUGAGAGGCUGUUUGAAGUAGUAUUCGUGGAGAGUGAGGGACUGACACCGAUACAGAUGCAGGGCAAGCUGUUUUUCUACCUUGAUAUAAUCCUGGAUUUCUAGAAUUAAUGUGCUAAUUGUAUUCUUUGUUGGAAUAUAGGUCGUGCGACCUACUGCAGGCUGGGGAGAAUCGCUGAGGUUGAAGAUUUGACUUAUAAGGAGGCAGUUGAGUUUUUAUGUAAUAAAAAAGCCUUUAGUCCAUCCGAUGCGGAGGAGAUUUACGCCCUCGUUGGCGGCCGUCCGUAUUAUCUUCAGCUCAUUGUCAGUGACAUUAGCAGAGGCUUGUCAUUUGAAGGUUUGAUCUCGAACUUGGAUCUGAGAUAUUUUGAGGUUGAUUCUAACAAACUUUCGGUCACAGCUGUUAGGCACAAGCUCCUCACAGAUGUUGGGCUAAAAUUUGCGGCAGCAAAGAAUUCGGAAGAGGCUGCCUUUCGAGGUCCCGCGUUACACCUUGUACGAAAGAUUUUGCAGGAUGGUCAUAUUGGUUGGAAUGAUUUUUUCCGGAUGGUCCCGGAUGCAGCGCUUGGAGUGAGACUCCUCUUGCUCAAUGUGUUUAGCUCAGCGCCCCGGUCUGAUGGUAUAUCGUUUUCCUCAAAACUCACCGAGGCCGUUGUGAGACAAUAUGUGGAACAAACGGACCGUGAAGCAGCAGCUAAAUCAAAGUGGUGGUGA